UAUACCCAGACUGCUAUACCCUCAGUGGCUCUCUGGGUAGCGUGUGAGACGGAGAGAGAGAGAGAGAGAGAGAUAGAGAGAGAGAGGAGAGAGAAAUAGUGGAAAGUGCAGUACGUAGAGAAAGUGGGGAAAACAGAGAGAGAGAGAGAGAGAAAGUUAAAAGAUAAAGUAAAGGAAAAUAAAAAGAAAAAUAUAAAAGCUUAAAUUUGCUGUUAUGGAAAAGGUGGAAAAAGUAGGAGGAGAAAUGGGAGGAGGAGGAGGAGGAGGAGAAAUAGGCGGAGGCAGAAGAAGUAGGAGAAUGAAACGUGUGGUAGUGUAAAAUAAUGGACGACAUCUUCCCGCACAAGACGGAGGCUGUAGGGGGCGGCAUCGGAUUAUUAUUCGUCCGGACUACUGAGCGCUGCUGCUGCUGUUCUGCUGUGGAUGCUGUUCUUCUGUUGCUGUUCCCGUUCCUUCUUCGGUCGUCACAGACCUCACCAAGUUCGCGUUGCCCCGAAGUCCAUCAGCCUAAUGCAAGAAGAAGAAAAAGCAUCAACAUCACCCAAGAGCUGUCUCUCCCUCAACGAAGUGCUUCCAGGAGUUCUCGUCCACAGCCCCACUAGAUGAAAGAUGGCCCACUCUCUGCCCAAGAGCUCCUUCUUUCCUACAGGCUUCCGUCUUUGCGCCCGGGGGCUGUUUAUCGACUUCUGUCCAAUCUUCCGUUCAGUCUGGUGUUCUGCGAUCACCCAGAAAUCAGACCCUCCUCACGGCUAGCGGCGGAAGCGUUCAGCUUCUCUCCGGAGCCUUAAAUCCCGUGAUCUCAACUCCUGCUGUGGUUUGUGGCAGAGCGGCUCGAACAAACCAGACGCCUUCUGCCUGUCUCUUAGUGUUGUGACUGUUACACAGUAAAUCAAUAUUAUGAUAAUCUCAUCGUAUUCCAUUUUCAAACGUUACCUCGAACAGUGAUGGAGGAUGAUACCUGUGUUGUGUUACGCAAAAGCGAUUGUUUACCUUCAGUGGCGUUGCGCAAGGAGAGUGCUUGUGGUAAUGAUUAGCAAUUUAGUGGUAAUGCCUUGUUUACUCUUGAAGUGUAAAUCUGAACAGUGUUUUUUAGAUUACGAGGGACACAUAAGAGAAAUACAGUGCCCUAACUGCUUGCCUCCUAGUUCUUCCUCUUCUUCUUUUUUCUUCCUAUCUCUUCUCCUCCUAUUCCUUCUUCCUCCUCUCCACCUCCUCCUCUUCUUCUUCUUUUUCCUGCUUCUUCAAUCCUUCGUGGUUAUUCUCGUGUUCCAAAGGGACACAGAACUGUCCCGCGCAAAGGCUCUGUCGAUUCAAAAUGGCCAUAGAACGAAAUCGCGGGUCUUCCAGACACUCUCACCAGAGCCACCACCACCACCAACCACACCCCGGUCCCCAUCCACACCCACACGCCCACCCCCACCCCCACACCCACCCCCACCACCACCAGGGACCCCCACCCACUACUUCAAGCCCUUCAAGGAGAAAGUGAAGGACUGCUGUCGGUCCACCAUCGCCUUCAUCUUCAGCAACGUGGGCGUGUGUGGACUCCUGGUGGGCUACACCAUCGCGGGGGCCUUCAUCUUCAAGAAGAUCGAAGGGCCCCACGAGACCACCAAGAUGCUGAGCGUCGACCAGAUCAGAAACAGGACCAUCCAGCAGCUCUGGAACAUCACGGUCGAGUACAACGUGCUCUACAAGUCGAACUGGACCAAGAGUGUCGAGAAGGUGGUCCUCAACUACACCAACGACAUCAUCGAGGCCGUCAAUAGCGGCUGGGACGGGGCGGAUGUGACCAACGGGCCUCUGAAGUGGUCCACCGAAGGAGGCUUCCUGUAUUCUCUGACCGUCAUCACGACCAUAGGUUACGGCCACAUCUCCCCGACGACAACCUUGGGCAAGAUCACCACCAUCCUGUACGCCAUCUUCGGCCUUCCGGUGUUCCUUCUGUACAUGGCCAACAUGGGGGACAUCCUGGCCAAGAGCCUCAAGUGGAUCUACUCCAAGAUCUGCGUCUGCGUCCGCCCCGCUCCCCCGACGCCCAAGUACGAUACGUCUGUCGUCUGGCGGUCGGCAGAGACGACCCUGAGGGCCCCGGCCGGGCCUUCGGGCUACCUGGGGGAUGAAGCUAACCACCGGGGCAGCGUCGGAGGCGGAGGCAGGGACGGAGAUAUGGAAUACUCGCCCGAACUCAGCGACGAGAUCUCGAUGGACACGGAGUCCUGGCAGCGCUCCGAAAAGGCGGACGUCGCCUCGGUAAACAUCCCAAUUUCGGUGUCGUUAGUGAUCAUGGUGGCUCUCCUGUAUGGAGGAACCAAGCUCUUCCAGGAGGACGAGGGCUGGGAUGUCCUGACCUCCUUCUACUUCUGCUUCAUCUCUCUGACGACCAUAGGGUUCGGGGACUACGUCCCAGGGUCGGCCGUGGAUGACGGAAGUCGCAUGAGCUUCAUCUACUGCUCGCUCUACCUCAUGUUCGGCCUAGCGCUGCUCUCUAUGUGCUUCAACCUCAUGCAGGAGGAGGUGGUACACAAGAUCACGGCGUGCCUGAAGGCCGUCCGCUUGUUCAAGCGGCCAGAGGCAACUUGACCCGAGAUGACCUGGUCAAUCUUUCUACUAAGUAGUGCCUUCUGUUUACAUUCAGGAUUCAACAGGUCAUGGGGGAAAUAACGACUUGACCCCAAAUGGCCUGGCCAUCCUCUCUAAGUAGUAGUGCCUUCUGGUCACAUGUAAAUUUCACCACAGAUGACCUGGUCAUACUCUCUAAGUACUACCUUCUAGUAACAUUCAUGAUUGACCCAAGAAAACCUAGUCAUUCUAGCUAAGCAGUGCCUUCUGUUUACAUUCAAGAUUGACCCAAGAUGACCUGGUCAUUCCAGCUAAGUAGUGCCUUCUGGUUACAUUCACGAUUGCCCUCAAAUGACCUGGUUAUUCUUUCUAAGUGGUGCCUUCUGGUCACAUGUAAAGUUCACCCCAGGUGCCCUGGUCAUUCUCUCUAAGUAGUGCCUUCCAACGGGUCAAGGGGAGGAAACGUAAUGACCCUUCCCUUAAUACAUUUCGUUUUGCCUCAAAUCUAAAACCCAACGACCAGGUGACUCAAAACGUUUCGCUCUGUUUUACAAAAGGUCAAACGUUCACUGUGCAAUCGAUCUAUGAUCCGCGUAAUGCGAUGAUGUGAUUCUGUUCCCCAAAAUAUUUCUCUCAUGAUACUUACUUCGAAAGUCAGGCAGACGCCUAAGUGGAGUGACCUGUUUUCAGAUUGUUUGGUGCUUUUGGAUUCAAAAUUCGGAGGCCAGAUGAAGCCUUAGUGAUGCUCGGUCAAUGGAUGUGUAUACCCUGACACUCUCGAAAUGUAUGGAGCAUCAGUGAAGUAUGUCGUUCAGUAAUGUCGGAAUGGCCAGGUAGGGCCUUUGACCAUGUUUAGAGUUUCUGGAUGAAUUUAUUAAUAGAAAGUAAUUCUAUCUCUCUCUUUGGUCAUUGUCAAAUUGACUAAAAGAUCACUCUAAAAUUCAGAUCAGCCUAGUCAUUAUAAUACGGAUGAGAAAAGGCCUUACCUGGCCACUCUUAGAACAGUGCUCCCGAAUUCGAGAAAGUAAAUAAUACAUGUAUGAAAACUCAUACAGAAAAGUAUCCCCCACCCCCCUUCUUCAAUCAAGAACAUCGGAUGAAAACACGACGUUAACUGACUUCCUUCACUGGAGUGCAAUCAUGAAAGAGGAAGGAAAGAAAAAGAGUGAAAUGUGUUGCAGUAUCAUGUAACUUCACAAAAGGUUCUGUGUUUGAGAACCUGAAGCAUUUCUUGUUGACUGUGCAAGCUCGCCCGAGCUUGCUAUUCUCAGUAACUCGUUCCUGUUCAUUUUCUCUUUUCUUUUUUUUUCGACCCUUUUGUUUUCUCUGUCGUUUUCAGAAAUGAUGUUUUGAAGCAGCUGAAGACUUGUUGUACGCGGUGUACAUAAAAGGAAUAUCUUCAUGAACGGUCUGUCUACGUCAGUGGUUAUCCGAUAUUUUCUGCCAUCUUGACGUCAAAGCGAAUUGCAUCAGUGGCAAAAUGAAAUUAUGUUCGUCCUAGCAAUGUCAAACAACCACCAAAUUUAUACGACCCAGGUCCUAGCAAUGUCAAAUAACCACCAGCUUCAUCCUGUACAGGUCAUUGCGACGUCAUACAACCAUGAACUUUAUCCUGCCCAGGGCCUUGCAAUGUCAAACCAGCACCAACUUUAUCCUGCUCAGGUUCUUGCAAUGUCAAAUAACCAUGAACUUAAUCCUUUUCAUGUCCUUAAAAUGUCAAACAACCAUGAACUUAAUCCUUUCCAGGUCCUUAAAAUGUCAAACAACCAUGAACUUAAUCCGGUCCAGGUCCUUAAAAUGUCAAACCAGCAACAACUUUAUCCAGCACUAACUUUAUCCUGCUCAGGUUCUUGCAAUGUCAAAUAACCAUGAACUUUAUCCAGCCCAGUUCUGAAGAAGACAAGAAGAAGGAAGAGGGUGUAAGAGAGAGAGAGAAAAAAGUGUAAGCUGUAAAACAUGUGAUGCGCAACAAUUAUUAUCAACCAAUAUGAGUUACCUGAUGCCGUUUUGGACGACAAGAUGCCCAGAAGGCGCCGGAAAACCUUGUCACGAGAGACAAUGUGUUCACUGACAGAUGGAACUAGAUGGCUAAUAAUCAUGACUGACGCGUCACGAGAAAUUUAAAAAUAAAUCAUUAAAUAAAUAAAAAAAAAUACUGUUCCGUUUCUGUUAGAUAUGGGUUAUCAUGGUGGUUUUUACACAAUUGUUAAUUGAUGAUUCACUGUUAUUUGAAAGUUAAUUUAAUCUUCUAAUCUGCUUUGAAAUUUUUCAUUUCACUUGUCACCCCUUUUGUGAUUUAGCUCCAAGUAGACAAACUGAUUCAACAGUUAGAUCAAUAAUUAUCCUUUGAUGCCCUUUUUUAAAAAGUAAGUCCUAAUGGUAAGAUUCGUAACCCAUUUUAAAAUAUAUCUAUAGAUCUCCCUGUAGCCCCACACCCCUGGAAAUAAAAUGACAAAAAUAUAAAAAAAAUAAAUAUUUUGUAACAAAGCAGUUUAUUUGUUUUAAAAAAUAAGUGAAAAAAAUUAAACAUUGUCUUUACUGA